GAAAAAUAAUGGCGGAGAAGGGCAGUUAGAGAUGCUGUGUUAAAUCAGCUCAGACUAAAUAUAUUUGCCACCUGGCAUGCAUCUUAAAAAAAAGGAGAAGACCCACAAGCAAGCCAUGGAACUUGAUAAGAAUGCUUUAGCAUACUCUGCCACAACCUUGGCUGCCACGAUGAUGAAUUCUAUAUUCAAUUUCUACUACGUGAAGAUUUUCCUGAAUGUGUACAGGUAAAGGGACAAUCGAGGUGAUCCAAACGUGAUAGAAAUUCGAUCCACGGCAAACCCAAGGGACAAGUUAGAUAGAAGGAAACGGCAACUUUGCUCUAUGGGACAUUUAUAAGAGAUAUUGCCUUCUGAGUGGUUGAGUGGGGGUGGGGGUGGCGGGGGGGUUGUGGAAAAGAAAAAAACAGGCUGUUUUUGAAGAUAGUGGACAAAACACCGACCCCCAGUCCAUGGACUACCCUAAAAUGGACUAUGCCACCGAAGUUUAAAGAUUAGGGUUAGGAGACUGAAUCAAGUCUCAGAUCCAUUUCCCCAGUUUGAUGACCCUAAAUGGAACCUGAUUUAAUCAGUUCCCUACUAACCCUAAUCACUAAAUUUCAGCAGCGUAGUCCAUUUAAGGGUUGUCCAUAUGGGUAGUCCAUGGACUGGGGGUCAGUGUUUUGUCCACCACCUUUGAAAAUAGCCUGAUCUUUUUUCUAAGGGGGUGACAAUCAACUUAUACCUAAAUUAUCUAUAGGAGGGUGUGAGGUUCCAAUUUGAUGUGUAUUUUUAUUUUGGGCCUUUAGGAUUUCAAACUAUUGGUUUAACAUCGCCCAAGUUGUGUUCCUUAUUUGGAAUGCCAUCAAUGACCCAUUGUUUGGUUAUUUCCAGGUAUCGUGACAAUAUAUUGGUAUUUCUAUAAUUUCAUUACAUACUUUUACACACAUGCAAAACUUGGAUUGGAUCACCUAAUUAAAAUUCUAAACAGUUUACUGGACAGUAAUACCCAUUUUGUACUCUCUAUUUUGCAACUUGUUUACAUGUUAUGUAAACAAGUUGCUCCAGUCCAAGUCUUGUACUUGCCCUACUUUUUACCUUACCUUCAUGUGGAUCAUGAUUGAAGUAUCCGCUUCAUUAGGGUAUAUCACAGGGCUGCAAAUAACAGUCGGACAUUAGCUGACCAACAUUUGCUAGUGUCUGACGAAAUCCCCGUGUUCAGAAAUUAUGUCGGGAGACUUUUCUUAUCGUUAUUUAUCUUAUGGUUAGGAAGAAUAAAAAUAUACCUUGAGUAAAUCUUACUUUGUGUUAGGACGAUCUCAAAGUCAUGAAACAACAUUGACUUGGGUAAUGAAGUUUUCUUUACAUUAGCGUAGUUAUGUCCGGUAUUUUACCCAAUAUAAAAGUUCAACCUUUUUUUUGGUGAUGGUUAUUUGCAGCCCUGUUAUCAUUGUUAGUGGUUCGUUAUUCCAGAUAUUGUUGAAAGUCACAGUUACGUUGAAGCCAUCUACAUGCAUGUGCUAACACAAACAGGCAAUAUUUUACGCAAAUGUACCUGCAAGCCUCAAGGCUAAAUGAGACGUACUGUCUGCUACUCAAAGUGUACAAUUCUGAGUUGUAAAUGUCUCUUAUUCAUGAUCAGUUCUAGAGCAGAUUACCUUUUCUGGGUACAUGUAUUUGCAUUGGCAAUAAAUCAUUGCAGCAGAGGAGCAAGGCUAAUGUGGUUCACGUGCUUACUUUGAAACUGUUCAUUACCUCCCAAGGACAGUUCCACCUGGAUAGUUUUACGGAAAAGAAGGCUGGCAAUAUUUUAUGGUGCUCCCUUAUUUGCAAUUAGGUCAGUAAAUAUUACUCAGAAAUUAUUUAAGUUUUCUUUCAUUGUUCAGUUCCAGAAAAUACUCAGCAUUCUUCCCCCACAGAAGACCAGGGGAAGAAUGUCUUAAAGCCUCAAAAAUUUUAAACUCCUUUGUAAAUUCCAAUGAGUAUUAAGCAUUUCAUUUAAUUUUUUUGGUCUUGGAGACCCCUCUUCCCCAAGGAAUUUCAAGUCCCUUCUAUGGGUGAGUAUAAAGAUUUUCUGCAACUUCACAUUUGCACAGGCCAGGGAUUGGCGUCAGAGAACAAUACCCUUCCAUGGAGGGCAUGGAUCUUUUCUGUAAUUGGCUAUACAUCUAAUAAAAAUAGUAGACCCAGAUACAUGUCUUAUGUAUGUUAAGUACAGUUAUGACAGUGUGAUGAAUGUAUGUCUGCAGCUGUGAAUAACAAUCAAUCCAUUACAGCAUGGUCUUUCUGUCCCACUUGUCACUUGCGGGGAAGCAAGAGCAGAGUGGUGAGAUCACUUGCCUCCCACCAGUAUCUCCCAGGUUCAAAUCCUGGCAUGGAUACCAUAUGUGGGUUGAUUUGUUGUUGGUUCAGCUCUCCCAUGUUCGGCGAGGUUUUCCCCUCUCUUUAAAAACCACCAUUUCCGAAUUCCAGUUCGACUCAGGAAUUAGGUAGAUGAAGAACCACUUGGUGGAUGUGCUACCUUUAAUUAUUAUUUAUUUAUCUAUUUUAUUUACUACUUGUCCAGUAAUGCAAUGUUAAGAAUAGAUACGAGUCUGCUGAAAGUUGGUAGAUUUGAAACUAAAACUGUCUCAUUUUCUUUCACUGAUCACAGCUUUCUUUCUCCAUGGUUUCCUUGGACAUGGCUUGGCUUCACUGGUGAUUGGGUGGUUGGUCUUCAUCUUAUGGUGUCCCUGUGUUUUUAUGAUGGACUCUUCACUUUUGGUAUAAAUAUAAUAAAUGUAAAUUCUAUUUUAAGAGAAUUAUUAUUGUCAUGACCAUUAUAUGUACUACAGUGUUAAGCAUUUGUAGAGGAACAUCUUAGAAAAAAUAUUGCUUUUUUAUAGCAGACAAUUACAAAUAGGCCAUUUCCGAGUUCCCCCGGGCCUCUGUAUCAAAAGGAGGUUAAGUGCUCAGCCUUUGAUAUGGAAAUGACUUUUCAUUCUCGCGCAAAUAAAACUCACUUUCACAAGGAAGGUCGUGCACUUGGCCUCGUUUCAAAAGUGGGGGUUUUUGGAACUUGGAAGUGGCCUAUUGACAUCAGAGGGCAACUCUACUUGUAUGUGAAAAUACACAAAUCUUGAUGAAUCCUUUAAUUCAUCACAGACCCAGGGCAGGUGAUGGGGAUUUUUCCCAAAGACUUGCCUACUUUCACAUGAAAAGAAGUUGAUGUUUCUGGGAGAAUACUUUGUCCCAUGUUGACUACUCAGUGUUGCUGUAUUUAAAGAAAUUAAAUACAAUUUUGUGGAAGACUUGGAGUCCUCACACAACCUAAUAAAAUGUACUUUUUUUCAUGUAGUACUACUUGCCCAGUGUGCUCUUUUUGCUGAGAUUUCUACACAUCAAGAAGAAAGACAGUCAACUCUCAAAUAUUCGUAAGAAAAAAAGAAUAUGAAAUGAACUGUACUUUCUUUUGCUGAAAUCUUAUUUAUGAAGUGUCUCUUGCAUCAAAAUUAUUAAUUACAAAUAACAGUCACGGCUUAUUUAUUUAGCAUUAAAUUUGACUUGAAUGAAUAAUAAUUAAUCAUAAUAAUAACAAUAACAACAACAACUGACUAUGUUUGUUUUCAAUGAGUAGAUAAGUGAUAAUAAAUAUUGUGAUUUCUUUUGCAUGGAAAAAUUCUUUUUGUUGUUUUAGCCUAUUUUAGAUCUUAAAAAUGAUAAGUAAAGUAUGAUUUUUUGCAUUUUUUGAAUUCAAAUGGCAAUUUUUAUCUUUGGAUAAUUUCUCAAUAUUUCACUGAAAUUUAAAUAUACACUUAAAUAAUUAAUACAAUUUAUAUAACCUUUUUUGUUUGUUUGUUUGUUUUUUUUCAGGCAAGUAGCCUCUAUUAUUGGCUCAACUGCUCUUUUCGUAAGCACAAGUGUGUAUAAAGAUGAGGUUUGUUUAAUUUUGUCACUUUUUUCUUGGAAAGAAUUGAAUAAUGUUAUUAUUACAAACUUCAUAAAUUAAGGAUAAAUAUAAAUGAUAACAAUAGUAGAUUUAAUUGACCCAUUAAACUCUGUUUCAUAUUGAUGUUAGCAGAGGACAGUAAAUUAAUAAUUGUGCCAAACUUCAGUGCAAACCACUCUGAAGCCCUUCCCAUAACUAAACAGGCCAUGAGAGGGAAAAGGUGACCAGAGAUUUGAGAUGUUCUGUUUAUAGAUAUUGUGAUUAUUUUUCUACCAAAGUAGCUAUAUGGGGCUCGUAUUUCUGAUACCCAGACAAAGUCUCUGGUCCCUGGCCCCAUAUGAUAGCCUUUCAAAAUAAAAGUACUGUUGUUUUAUAUCUUGAUGAUUUUUAAGUAAUAGGUGUUAAUUUGUCUUGUUGACAGCAGAGUAAUUUCCAUUCAUUUCAAGCUGUCUGUGUCAUAGUAGCACUCCUAAGUUGGUUAUUGAUGAGGUACACUGGUUUGAACGUACAAGUUGCAGUGGAAGCAUGCACCUCUGGCAAUACAUCCGAUCAAAGUAAAUUUUGUGAAGUCUGUUAUCUGUUUAAAGUUCUUUUUAACACUAAUAGAGAAGUUCAAUCUGUAACUGUGAUGAUCUUCACAUUUAAUUCACACCCUGCAGAUCCAAUUUUAAAAAAUAACGAAUUGUUUGUAUAUUGAUUUCACAACUUCCAAGUAAUAAAUGUCUGGGGAAAUGGAAUAUCCUGGUGUGUAUGAAAAUCAUUUUUCUGGUGACAUCACUUAAAAUUCUAAGGAACUUGAGGAUAAUUAUAUUCAAGAAUGUUAAAUAGAACUAUUAUACACAUUUUAGAUUUAAAUUUAAUAAUUAAUAUUGUUUUACUUAAUUCUGUUUCAGAUGGAAAGACAUCAAAAGAAUCAAUACCUCUGAUUACGCUUCUGAAGCAAAUUCUAACCCAAAGAAGUUUUGGUACACAUAUUUAUUAGUAAUAAUGAUUUCACUUUGUUAGUGUUAAAAUCACAAUAAAACCUGUAAACCCAUUUUAGUCCUUAUAGUGGAGCUCACUUUGUGAAUGUGAGUAUUCCGGGCCUUUUGGCAAAGCUUGUAUAAAUAAAUAAAUAUAUUACAUUAUUCAAUGUUAGAGCCAGUUGUGGUCACUAUGAGGCAAAUUCACCCAACAAUGCCCAAAACUCCAUUUAGGGUGAUGACAAUGUUAUAUAACCUAAAAUAUUGUUAAGAUUUGUUGUUCUUGCUGUCGUUGAACAUUAAAUGCAAAGCAAUAGUAUGCUGUAGCUUUUGUUCCUGAUGCUAGAUAAUAAGUUAACUUACAAUGUGGGAUGUCUAAGGCAUGUAUGUGCUGAAGUGAAAUCUUGAGAUACAGUAGUGUUAACGUUCCAAAAUGAUGCUGCCCCCUCUACUUUUGAUCCCCUCCUCUCUGCUUUUUUUAACAUUUUCUUCCUGAGCCCCCUUUUUUUACUGGCCAGUGUUAUUACAGUUUCAAGUAGCUGCAGGUUAUCAGUAUCACUGAGAACAGUUUUAAUUAUAAAGACCCUUAACAUCUUCUUUCUUUUUGUUGCAGUUUGCUUUGUUGCAAUGAAUUUUUUCCAGGUACUUGUACGUUUAAUGAGGACAUUUAGGGAUGCCCAAACCAUAAUAACUACUGUAGCCACAAAAAGUGGCACAUAAAUACGGGAAUAUUAUAUUAUGCUAUGUCAGACAUUGAUCCAAAUGCAAAAUACUGCAUCUUGCAUGAUUGUUUGGAAAUGCUGCAAUCUGUUCAUAGUGAUUGGAAAUUCUGAUGACAUCAGACUUUGGUUGGUACUGCAAUAUGGAAAGUCACCAUUUUUUACGAAAGAAUGAUGAAAUAUCUCACCAAAAAUAAAACAUAAUUACGCUCAAUAAUAUAGUUAGUGUAAAGUCUUUAGUUUACAUGUCCUUUUUACAUUAUUAUAGUUUACAUCCACCCAUCCCACUGUAUUUGUAUUUGACUACACUACCUUGUGGGUAUUUAAUUUAAUAUUAUUAUUCUGCUGUUAGAAUAUUGAAUUUAUUAAGUUACAUUAUUGCUUUUCAGGUGUUUCAUGUCACUUUUUGUAGCAACUUCUUCCUCAUUUUUGUUGAACACCUGAUAGGGUCUAACGUCAUUCCUGCUGUAAGUCAUUUAGCCUGCAUGUUUCUCGUUUUAAUAAUUGAAAGGAAUAUCAUUCUUUGUGUUGUACUUUUGGGGUGUGGCUGAAUUGCUGACCACUUUUUCUUUUGGUAAUAAACGUAUAGCAACUUUUGUUACCUUUUUUUGACACAUUCCUGCUAAAGUAAGGCCACUGCAAAAGAUAAUUUAUUCAAUGUGUGAGUUGAGCCUUACCAGGCCCUAUUCUUCAAUUCCCCUUUGUUAGAAUGACUUAUGGAAUUUAGCGAAAAAGUAAGAAGCUAAUUGCACUUGAAUGUACAUAAUAUUAUGGAUGCGUAUAAUUUAUUCAAUAAAUUGCUGACAUGUACAAAAAAUUUCUUUCAAUUUUUAGAUCCUGUAUAGUAUACUUACUGGGUCUGUAUUCAUGCUUCCUAGGGUGGGUAUUAGUAACAAGAUAUGAAUAUAUUUAUUAUUUUUAUAAUAGUUAAAUGUUGUGAAGUGAAUUUGUGUAUUCUUAUUGAUUCUACCCAACAGAAUUAACCGGUUGCUUUACAAAUAUUUUCACUGGAUGUAAAAAUUCCAUCCAUUUUCAAACUUGUACAAUAAUAAUGAGCAAUAUGUACAAUGUGCCUUUGUAAAGCUUUUUUUUUACAAUAAAUCAAACACACUUGGUCGUAUAUCUUUGAGUAAUUAAUCUGAAUGAAAUCAUAGUUGUUUAACAGUAGAUAGUAAUUAUUAUUUUUGAUAAUAAUGACAAGCAUUUUAAAAGAAAAAUCAACGAUAAAAUAAACAACACUUUCUUAUUCAAUACAAAAAGUGCCCGUCAGUUAAACCUCAGUCAUAUUAAAUGUUAAUUAGAAACAUGUUCUGUCUUUCUUUUUAGCUGCUUGUUUUGUUAACAAGUCCACUGUUGGCUAGAUUUGGUUCUUAUAGGCUCAUCUUAUGGUCGUUUUACAUUAAGGUAAAGAGAUUGAAGACUGAGUUGGAAUACAUGUAGAUGUUAAAGUUACAACAUAUACUAGCUUCAGAAUGGUGUUUUUUACUUUUAAUAUUAAGACUUGGAAUGCUGUGAAUAAUAAAUAACAAAUUUAUCACAAGGACAUUGUAUGCUGUAUAAAGUAUACUUUGUUUAUUUUAAAUGACUUAACAUACAUUGUAUAUUCCAGGUCUUAUUUGUUAUAUUAAAGUCAUUUUAUUGAAUUACUAUCCUGAAAAAUGGGGAAUGACUCCUUAUUCCUUAACUUGUAGUGAUAAACAGUUAUUGAAUGAGGUGUUAAUGAUAUUUACUGGUAGAAUAAUCAAUGUUAAGACUUUGAGUUUGAUUAUCAGCCGACUCUGAUUUAUUAAGGUCUUAAGGCUGGUAACACCUACCAAAACCGUGAUUAUUCUUCAGUUGACAUCUCAAAAACUGAUUCUAAUAAUGUUUUGUUAUAAUUAUAAUUGUUUUAAUGGAAAAAUGAUGAAAUAAGUAAUGGUAUGCACUGUCCUAUAGAACAGAGUUUAUGUUUUCUAAGAACAAAAAAUGCUUUGAAAAUGAAAAUGCUUUGCAAGAGGUGUAAUUCUCGAUUAUCAGCUAGCUAGCAGAUAACUGGUUACAGAAUAACCUGUAGCCUCAGAGCUACUUUGCAAAAUUAUCAGAGAGAAAAAACAAUGAGUACAGUGAAUAAUAAUUAAUACUAAUAGUAAUCACUUAUUAUUAUUACCAUUAUUAUCAUUAUCAUCAUCAUCAUCGUUAUUGGCAACUGAACUUUCAUACAGCAUGCAGUAACUGUGUACAUUAUGGUAGAUAGGACAAGUUAGCACUGUAUAAUUUGCCAUGCUGGAUGAAAACAUUAUCUUUUGUUGUUAUUGUUAGGUAUCUUUGCCUGCUAUUGUCUUUUUAGCUGGAAGAAAUAAUAUUUGGGUCCUGUACCUUUUUCUGAUUAUUGACAAGUAAGUUACCAUUAUUUUAUUUCAUUGUACUCCAAAUGCUGACAUGCAAUUUCAUUUCUUAUUAUACAUUGUACUCAUUAUCUGUGUUCUCAUUGGCUAAAAGCUUACAGUUAAUUUUGGAAAUCGGAGAAAAGUACAGCUUAUUGACUUAUCUGCUAGCAGAUAACUGACUAAUCUUUAGGUUGUGCGCACAGUGCAUGAUUUCCAAGAACAUUUGUCAAUUCGGUUCCUUGCAACAGUGAGUUUGUCAUUAUUUUCAUCAAAACAAUGUAUAUAAAAAAAAUUAUUACCGGUAGAUUCGGUUUUUGUGAUAUCCUAAAUAACAAGGGCCAUCAAGCCUCAGCCUUUGGCUUGGCUGGUAUCACUUUUCUCGACCUUGAUUAUUCCGGAUAUCACAAAAACCUCAUGGGAAUCCAGUACUGUUUAUGGUAGAAUGUUUUAUGAGACAAACUUUUAGCUAUGCUGUUUCAAUGUUGGUUUUUAUUCCAGUACCCUUCCAGAUGCAACAUUCUCUUUGUUCAAUUUAUCAGUGUCUGACAUCAUUGAUAAAGACAUGGAAAAAUAUCAAAGAAAGUGAGCAAAAGGCAUAAUAUUAUUUAAAAUUAUAAAUAACAGUUAUACUUCCUUCAUAUAAUAAUGGCACCCACUUCUGUUCUCUGUUAAUUUCAAAGAUUAUUGAUUAUUAAGUCCUUUACCUUCCAUUUCUAAAGCUUCACUGAACUUGUUUUAUGGAUGUAUAACAUUAAAUAAAAAAAAUUUUGUAAUGUCAUGAUCCAGAAGGAAGGGAAAGAAGUACAACUGACUAGACAUACAUGCAUUAUUUUACACAUGCAAUAAGCUGGCUGCAUUUAAUGUACAUCAUAGGUUUCGCGAUUAUCAUAAAUUACUGCUGUUUCAGUCUAGCAACUCUAGACUGUCCACAUUCCCCUAUUUUUUCCUAGGAGCAUCAGGGUCUAGUGCUUACCAGAAUGGGCGGCCAUCUGUUUUUUCAUAUGUACCCCAGGCUAGACAGCCUGGAACAUUUGAAAUUCAGAUAACUAUCCAUAACACAAGUGCUCGAUCUCAAUGAUCUUACGGAAAAAUAGUCUAUUUAACUCUGAAACAAAAAUUAUACAUUAAAACUGAAAGUCUUUUGAAACACAUGUUAUUUCCUUGGAACUUAUGUGAAAAAUUACCGCCACAUUAAAAAAAUAAUAUCAUUGUCUUGGUACUUACAGUGCACCUGUUUCAUCAAUGAUAUUUGGCACCAAUGCAAUGUUCACCAAACCAGCUCAGUCUUUGGCUCCCAUGAUGGUCGUUCACAUCCUGUCCUGGUAUGGAUACAAGGUAAUUUUUUUAAGGCAACACUUAAAAAAGUGUUAAUAAUUACAGCUAAAGAAUAUGAAAUAGCGAGCAUUACUGCAAUCAUGAAACAGAGGCAAUAAGAAUGCGUUCGCUCCUGAUUUCCCACAGUUUCUGAAGUACUAGGUGUGAUAACAGGUUGAUUGAAGUUAAGCAGGUUAUAUAGUGCAAGUCAUUAUUAUCAUGACCAAUAAUGUUACAAGUUGAGAUGUAUAAUCUUUAAACAGAAAAUUGCUGAUUGCCUGGCACCUAUAUUAUGAGGUGGCUGAGUGUAACAAGUAAUACUGGAUUUUGAUGUAUCAAUUUGAUCAACAUUCCAUUUUGCUAGCAUCUGGGCUUUGUCGACCAACCCAAUGCCUCAGCCUCAGGCAUGUUUUUAUUUUGGGUCUAUAGUGGUGAUAAAAUAUUUAUGUAGUGGUAUAAUUUUAUGCUUAGUUAUUUUUAUUCUCCUUUUUUUGUUUGGUAUUAAUAACAAUAUUUUAAUGUGUGAUAACGAGUUUGAUACAAAGGAAAAUUAAAUUUAAACCACAACAUAUCAAACGUGACAUGUAUUUUAAAUAUUAAUAGUAUGUAACUAUUGUUUUUAGGACAGUCAAAAUAUGAAAAAAGACAAAAGCCUUUCAGGUAUGUACUAGGAUUUUUAACCUUAAACAGAUGUCCGAGUUUAUAGCUCACUUCUUAGAAGCACAAAACUAACAGUACAUUUCUGUACAAAAAUUUCUUAAACAUUCAUUUUGUAGGCAUAAAAAUUUCAAAAAGGAAUUUUUUUUUUUUUACUGAAAAUAGAUUUCCAUGAUAACAAAACUCAUAUUAGGUAUUUAAUACCAUAUUCAUUAGUCUUACCCAGAAAACUUAUAACACCAAAACUUCUCCUGAGGUAAUGAGGUACAAUGCAAAUAGCAAUCUUUUAGGCAUCAACAAGACAUAUAAUGACGAAAUGAUCAAUUGCACUCUUAUUAUUAGUAGUUGCACAGGUCUGACUUUUGUUCUUUCUUUUAGGGUCAACAACACAAGAGCUUUUAGAUGCCAUGUUUUCUCUUCUAUGCUUUAUCCCAUUGUUUGUUGCUGUUGUUCAAAUUGUAGUUUGGAAGUUUUAUCCCCUUAAGAAACCCAUAAAGGAAAAAGAUCUUUCCAAGAUACUUGUAUAGUGAUAGGACUCCAAAGUCACAAGUACAAGUAGAUAAAUUUCACUCUACAUUGUCAGUUCUGUUGAUAUCACUAAUUUAAAGGACCCUGUAAACUGUAUACCCAAAAGUGACAGAGACCUUCAAGAUGAGAUAAAGUAUGUUUUGUAGCAGUCAAGAAGACAUUUUGGUUUUAUUUAGUAUAUGAGGAGGUGGCAUUGUAAAAUAGUAUUGUAAAUUUAGAAGUAGUUAGGUAAAUU